UUUAGAUGGGCGCAGGGAAGCGGACGGUGGUGGAAUGCACCCUGAUUCAUCUACUUGUCACAGCCAUUGCUGUUCUUUUAGCGUUGGCCGUCACAUUUCUUCUAACGUAUUUUCUUACCAAAGACGCUUAUACUCCUGAUACACACUGGAGUCAAGAAAUGAUUGAAUUUGUUCUUUGCACAACGCACGACAAACUUCUUCUCUACAUCUCUGUUGUUCUGUCGAUCUCUAGUAUUACUUCAAUCAAAACGCAAGAAACGGCAAUCGUCGACGGAGAUGUCAAAGGAGGAGAUCAUUCACCUACAGCAGCUCAACUGCGUUUGCCGAAAACCAUCAGACCGCUGAGUUAUGAUCUGAAAAUGCAAACCUAUCUGCCCUCGUAUGUGGAUUUUUCGAGCUCCAAGAACUUCACAUUUGACGCCGAGCUCAACAUUGAUCUUGAAGUUGUCGAAGCGGAAGACAAGAUUGUACUUAACAUGAGGAAUCUCACUAUAGAUAACGACAAGUGUGAGCUCUAUGUGAAUGGUCAAAAAGUGGGCAUUGAUAAGGUUGUUCCUCAAGAACAAUUGGAGAAGGUCGAAAUUGUUCCAGCAACACGUCUUCAGCAAGGAGCGCAAACCAAGUUGAAGCUGGUGUACACAGGACUAAUUAGUGAUAAGCUCGGGGGACUUUACAAAACAACCUAUACCGAGAAUGAUGGCAGCAAAAAAGUGGCUGCUGUAACUCAAAUGGAGCCAAUAGAUGCUCGCAGCAUGGUUCCAUGUUUCGAUGAACCCGAAUUCAAGGCUUCGUGGAACGUAACCGUGAUUCAUCCCAAAGGGACCAAAGCAAUAUCAAACGGAAUUGAAGAGGAAGUGAAAGAAAAUGGUGAUUGGAUCACGACAAGAUUUGCUCAAACACCGAGAAUGUCGUCGUAUCUGUUAGCCGUGCUAGUCUCGGAGUUCGAGUACAUUCAAAAUCAUACCAGCUCGGGUGUAUUGUUCCGCAUUUGGUCAAGAAAGGAAGCCACUUCAAUGACAGAAUAUGCACUCCACGCAGGAAUUAAAUGUCUAGAAUUCUACGAAAAACUCUUUGACUACAAAUUUCCGUUGAAAAAACAAGACAUGGUUGCGCUUCCGGAUUUUUCGGCAGGCGCAAUGGAAAAUUGGGGUUUAAUAACAUACAGGGAAAACUCUCUUCUCUACGAUGAAAGUCUGUACGGUCCCGACAAUAAGCGCAGAGUUGCACUUGUAGUUGCGCACGAGCUUGGCCAUCAGUGGUUCGGCAAUCUGGUAACAAUGAAAUGGUGGGAGGAUCUCUGGCUUAAUGAAGGCUUUGCUACUUAUCUUGAGUUUAUUGGAACAGACUUAAUCAGUGACAAUCUAAUGAAAAUGGAUCAGUAUUUCAUACUUGACUCUAUGGAAUCAGGUAUGGAUGAAGACUCUCUUUCUUCAAGCCACCCACUUUCAUUCAAAAUCGACAAAGCUAAUGAGGUUUACGAGGCAUUUGACUCUAUUUCAUACGGGAAAGGCGGCAGCAUACUCAGAAUGAUAGCUGCUACUAUCGGAAAAGACAACUUGAUUAAAGGCGUCGCGCAUUACAUCACCAAGCAUGCGUAUAAUAACGCUGAAGCUGCGGAUUUGUGGGAAGCUCUAAAUGAAGUGGUUGGCAAUAUUCAUGGAUCCCCUGGAAACAUGAAAGUUGGAGAUUUUGCUGAUCAGUGGACAGCACAGAUGGGAUUUCCUCUCGUAACUGUGGAGUCGUUCAACAAAACGCAUGUCAAAUUGACACAAGAACGGUAUCGGAAGAAUCCUAAUGCUAAAGACCCAAAGAAAUACGCAAAUCCAAAAUACGGAUUCAAAUGGGAUGUUCCUAUUUGGUACCAAGAAGGCGAUUCAUUUGUACAACUAAGUUGGCUAAAAAGAGACGAGCCGCUUUACCUUCAAUUGAAUCAGCCAGAACGUUUCGUUGUUAUAAAUGCUGGUAGAAAUGGAUUUUAUCGCCAAAACUACGACGCUGCAGGUUGGCAGAAAUUAGCAAAACAACUAAAGGAUAACCAUCAGAAACUUGACGUUUUUACGCGAAAUGCGAUAAUCAGCGACGCAUUUGCAACAGCACUUAUUGAUAAAGUUUCAUAUGGAACUAUCCUGGAUCUGCUGCAAUAUCUGAGGACAGAGGAGGAUUAUCUCCCUUGGGAAGCAGCCAUUGAUGGAUUCACUGACUUACUGCGAUACUUCGGCAAUGAGCCAGAAGUUAAAUUUGCGAAGCGAUUCAUGUUGAGCCUCGUGAAUCCAAUCUAUCAAAAAAGCAGUCUCAAUCACAUUGCAAAUGAAUACAGAAAUGACAAGCUAUUUUUGGAGAACCUUCUCGAGCAGGAUGUUAUCAAUUUUGCCUGCAAACUCGAUCUCAGCGAUUGUAAAUCCAACUACAAGAAACUCUUUGAUGAUGAAGUUAUAGCCAAAUGCCAAGGAAACGAUUCUGUCGCAAGUCGAUGUGUAAGCCUUGCCGCUCCACUGCGAAGCAAAACGUAUUGUUAUGGUGUUAAAGAGGGAGGUGAAGUCGCGUACGAAAAGGCAAUGGAACUUUACAUGGCUGAACCUGUGCAACUAGAGAGGAUUAGAUUGCUUGAUGCGCUUACAUGCACCAAGGAUAUCACUUCAUUGAAAGAGCUGAUGCUGUUGUCACUUGAUCGAAACUCUUCUUUUGUACGCCUUCAAGACGUCAGCUACAUCUUCAGAGGUGUUUCGAAUAACCAAGUUGGUCAGGAAAUCAUAUUUAAUUUCUUCAUUGAACGCUGGGACGAUAUAUACGAUGGGCUGAUGCCAGAGCGUACCACCAUUGGAAAUAUUAUCAAGAAAGCUGGACUUGGAAUACGAUCGCAACAUCAGAUUGAACAGCUCAAAUCACUGAAGAAAAGCGGCAAGCAUGCUAGCCAGUUUGGCGAUUUCGACGAAGCGAUAGAGAAAUCGGAACACAAAGUCGAAUGGCUCAACAAGCACUUCCGCGAGCUGUCGAACAUCUUCAAAAAAUUCGCCAAAUAAUGGAUGCUUUGGAAAGACUGGCGCUAGUCACUUCCAAUUUAGUUCGAAUGUCUUGCACCAAAAAUUGGAUUGCGCCUUUGUGCACAUUCGUUGUGUUUGCGUUUGAGUUUUCGAGAAAGAAGAUUAACUAG